AUGUAUGGUUACUUUGCAGGAAGUGAAUGUCGUCUCAAUCAAUUCUUUAUCACAUUCAAUCUCAUACUAUGUGUUAUCGGGACAGUCGCAUGCAUUCAUCCUAACGUUCAAUACGCAAACCCCCGUUCUGGACUUUCACAGGCUUCAAUUGUUGUUGUUUAUUGUACAUAUUUAAUCACAAGCGCGGUGGCGAAUGAACCGGGCGAUUGCAAUCCGUUGACAAAAAGUAGUGGAACUCGUACAACAACUAUCGUUAUAGGGGCCAUAUUUACCUUCCUGGCGAUUGCAUAUUCGACGACACGAGCCGCUAGUCAAGGCAAGGCAUUAAUAACUAAAUCGGAUUAUCAUCCUUUAAAUACUGCAACAGCAGUACCUUUGAUGACUAACCAGCCAAACGGAUUCACUCCCAACAUGCGAUCUGAUUCGGUGUUGGCUGCUUCUGUUGAAAGUGGUGCAAUGCCUGCUUCAGCGCUAGAUGAAGACGACGACGAUGAUUAUGGCCGUGACGACGAAAGAAGCGGUGUCGCCUAUA